GAGGAGCCCGCGGAUGGCGGCGGCGGGGCCGGUGAGGGGAUGGAGGGCGGCGAGCCGGGUGGCGGCGGGCUUCUGCAGCAGAUCCUCAGCCUCCGCCUGGUGCCCCGCGUGGGAAAUGGCACCACCUACUCCAGCCCGCUCUCCACCUUCCCAGAGAUGUGGUAUGGUGUCUUCCUGUGGGCCCUCGUCUCAUCCCUCUCCUUCCACGUCCCGGCAGCUUUGCUAGCGCUCUUCACGCUCAGGCACCACAAGUACGGCAGGUUCAUGUCCGUGAGCCUCCUGCUGAUGGGCAUCGUGGGACCCAUUACUGCCGGCAUCCUAACAAGUGCUGCCAUUGCUGGAGUUUACAGAGCUGCAGGGAAAAAAAUGAUUCCCUUUGAAGCCCUCAUUUUGGGAGUGGGCCAGACAUUCUGCGUGGUGGUGGUUUCAUUUCUACGAAUUUUAGCCACUCUCUAGCUCUUCUUCAGACUCUAGAGUUCACAGAUUGAAGGGAGAACAAAGGAUCUGUUGCCUGCACCAACUCUGAAACAAAUCAUGAGAGAGCACAGCUUGAGGCGUGCCUCGGUGUGUGCUGCCUCCACUGGUUAAAGUCUACAUGAAGGCUUGCUCCUGCCUCCAGGUGGCUUGAAAUUAAGAUAAAAAUUGUGAAUUUUGUUACUUUUUGGUAACAUUAAGUGCCAAGUGAAACUUUAUUUCUCUGGAGGAUAGGAAAAUGGCUUCCAGAGGAGGAGGCCCACACACCUUUUACCCACGAUGAAUUGUAGUGACAGGAUGUAACUAAGAUGUAACACUGGCUGUUCUGGGGUAGGAACAGUUCUACAGAGUGAUUGGGAUGUCUCCAGAGUUCGCUUAGUUUUGAUCCUCUGCUGCUUUGUUUGCAGUGAGCCUGAAGCUCUUUUAAUGUGAUAUUUUUAAAUGAGAAAAAUAAUUUGUUUUCUUCCUGGCCCUCACUUCCUAAUACCAGGUCUUGGUCAUAGUGACUUUGGGAGCAGCAAAAGGAAAAAUCAUUUGAGACAGAUGAAAGUGCAAAUUAGUGUCUGAGAGCUGUGACUAUGAAUGCCUCAGCAGGGAAAAACUGCUGUAGAAAAGAUUCUUGGUUUUGUGAAUUUUAUUAUGGUUAAGCUCUUCUGGCUCUGUACCUUCUGCCUGAGAGGCCAAGCACAGCUGAAGGGGUGCUACGCCCCACUGCCCACACUAGGAAUCCCAGGGCGCCUGUGUGAGCGUGUGCUGUUCCUUCUUGGGCUCUGAAAGAGACUCAUAUUUUUAAACUUCUCUGUUCUGCUUUUACUUCCUGAUCACGUUUACACUGGUGUGGCAGAAUUGGGUGUCUUUGCUGAUUGCCAGUCAGAGAGGGACCUGGGGGUGUUGUUUGACAGCCAGCUGAACAGGAGCUAGCAGUGUGCCCACGUGGCCAGGAAGGCCAAUGGCAUCCUGGCUUGUGUCAGCAAUAGUGUGGCCAGCAGGGACAGGGAAGGGAUCUUGCCCCUGUACUCGGCACUGGUGAGGCCACACCCC